GGUCGACUGGGUCGAGCGCAUUCUAGCUUUCAUUUAUCAAUCUUUAAGCGUUCAAUAAUGUUCAGCUACCACGAGCAAUAAACGGAAGCACGGAUCAAUUGAAUGAAGUCGACGUGUGCCCCAAAUUGUAAUUCUUCUCGUUUGAUUAGUGUAGCAGUGUUGGAAUAAUAGUGCGUGCUAAAGCUGGUUUUAGUUCAAUCUUCAGCUGUGAUAGUGUCAAAUUGAGGGACGAAUCGACCGACUACUGCUGCUCCCGCUAUUACUGACCCUCUGCCUGCAAUCAUCUGAAGCCGAUUCGAGAUCGACGAAAGCUACAUAGUAAUGAUGUUGAAGGUACGGGAACUACACCCGGAAUUGGCAAUCAAAGCAAAGAACGAGCUUCAUGAAGAUCCUGAGAGGAUUCCUGAAUCCAUCAAAAUUCUUCGAGACUGGAUUAAAGCGCAGCCCCACCUAAAAUCUAGAACGGACGAUCAGUUUCUGCUAGCAUUUCUACGUGCUAGUAAACAUAGUAUUGAAAGGGCGAAGCAAAAAAUUGAUCACUUCUACACAUUAAGGACUGCUGUCCCAGAGCUGUUUAAAAAUAGAAACGUAGAGACGUCAAACUUCCUGGAAGUAGUUAGAUUGGGGACAGGACUUAUAUUACCAAAUCCACUAGGAGAAUCCGGUCCAAGAAUAUGCCUGAUACGACCAGGUGCUUAUAGUCCAGAGAAAUACAAUAUCUACGAGAUUUUACGGCCUGGAUCUCUAGUGGCAGAUAUUGAAUUGAUCGAAGAUGACAAUCUCAUUGUUUCGGGAUUAGUGGAAAUCAUUGAUCUGGAAAAUUUGUCAAUGCAACAUAUAUUUCAAAGUGAUGCAGUUUUUAUGAAAAAAUUGGCAGCGAUAGGUGGAGACGCUUCUCCUUUACGGCAUAUGGGAACACACUUCAUCAAUACGCCGGGAAGUUUUGAGGCAAUGUUUAAUGUCUUCAAAGGAUUUUUGAGUCCGACGAAAAGGAAACGGCUGUUCGUCCACGGUGAUAAUUUGCAAUCAUUGUACGCUCAUGUACCUCAGCAGUAUCUGCCAAGAGAAUAUGGAGGAAAUAACGGUUCCAUCAGCGAGAUCAUUCAAUAUUGGGAAAAGAAAAUCCUAGCGUACAAGGACUUUUUCAUGGAAGAUGAACAAUAUGGCACCAUUGAAGAGCUACGGGUCGACAGAAAUCAUUAUUCCGAAAAUUUGUUUGGUGUGGACGGAACUUUCCGUUCGUUGAAUGUAGAUUAGAAUAAAUUACUGUUUAAUACCCCAAAAGAAAA